AGGUAAAUGUUCUUAAACCUCCAGGACCCAAGGUAAAUGUUCUUAAACCUCCAGGACCCAAGGUAAUGAAACCUCCAGGACCCAAGGUAAAUGUUCUUAAACCUCCAGGACCCAAGGUAAUGAAACCUCCAGGACCCAAGGUAAAUGUUCUUAAACCUCCAGGACCCAAGGUAAUGAAACCUCCAGGACCCAAGGUAAAUGUUCUUAAACCUCCAGGACCCAAGGUAAAUGUUCUUAAACCUCCAGGACCCAAGGUAAAUGUUCUUAAACCUCCAGGACCCAAGGUAAUGAAACCUCCAGGACCCAAGGUAAAUGUUCUUAAACCUCCAGGACCCAAGGUAAAUGUUCUUAAACCUCCAGGACCCAAGGUAAUGAAACCUCCAGGACCCAAGGUAAAUGUUCUUAAACCUCCAGGACCCAAGGUAAUGAAACCUCCAGGACCUGAGGUAAUGAAACCUCCAGAACCUGAGGUAAAUGUUCUUAAACCUCCAGGACCCAAGGUAAAUGUUCUUAAACCUCCAGGACCCGAGGUAAUAAUACCUCCAGGACCUGAGGUAAAUGUUCUUAAACCUCCAGGACCCGAGGUAAUAAUACCUCCAGGACCUGAGGUAAAUGUUCUUAAACCUCCAGGACCCAAGGUAAAUGUUCUUAAACCUCCAGGACCCAAGGUAAUAAUACCUCCAGGACCUGAGGUAAAUGUUCUUAAACCUCCAGGACCCGAGGUAAUAAUACCUCCAGGACCUGAGGUAAAUGUUCUUAAACCUCCAGGACCCAAGGUAAAUGUUCUUACAGGUGAUGCUGUAUCAAAUUGUGUUUAAUAUUUGAUUUAACCUUCAGGCUACUGGAUUAAGUUUUGACAAGUUUAUAACUUUUACUCACAUAUUUUCGCUUAAAUGUUUUUAUAAAUACAUAAAAUAAUGUUCAUAUGUGAUAUACUAUUUUCGUGGGUUUUUCUAAUUUUUAUGAUAUUUGGUUUUAAAAUAUGCAAAAUAUUGAUAAGUCGCCCUUACUUAGGUAAAUGUUCUUAAACCUCCAGGACCCAAGGUAAAUGUUCUUAAACCUCCAGGACCCAAGGUAAUAAUACCUCCAGGACCCAAGGUAAAUGUUCUUAAACCUCCAGGACCCAAGGUAAAUGUUCUUAAACCUCCAGGACCCAAGGUAAAUGUUCUUAAACCUCCAGGACCCAAGGUAAUGAAACCUCCAGGACCCAAGGUAAAUGUUCUUAAACCUCCAGGACCCAAGGUAAUGAAACCUCCAGGACCCAAGGUAAAUGUUCUUAAACCUCCAGGACCCAAGGUAAUGAAACCUCCAGGACCCAAGGUAAAUGUUCUUAAACCUCCAGGACCCAAGGUAAUGAAACCUCCAGGACCCAAGGUAAAUGUUCUUAAACCUCCAGGACCCAAGGUAAUAAUACCUCCAGGACCUGAGGUAAAUGUUCUUAAACCUCCAGGACCCAAGGUAAAUGUUCUUAAACCUCCAGGACCCAAGGUAAUAAUAUCUCCAGGACCUGAGGUAAAUGUUCUUAAACCUCCAGGACCCGAGGUAAUAAUACCUCCAGGACCUGAGGUAAAUGUUCUUAAACCUCCAGGACCCAAGGUAAAUGUUCUUAAACCUCCAGGACCCAAGGUAAUAAUACCUCCAGGACCCGAGGUAAUAAUACCUCCAGGACCUGAGGUAAAUGUUCUUAAACCUCCAGGACCCAAGGUAAUAAUACCUCCAGGACCUGAGGUAAAUGUUCUUAAACCUCCAGGACCCGAGGUAAUAAUACCUCCAGGACCUGAGGUAAAUGUUCUUAAACCUCCAGGACCCAAGGUAAAUGUUCUUAAACCUCCAGGACCCAAGGUAAUAAUACCUCCAGGACCUGAGGUAAAUGUUCUUAAACCUCCAGGACCCGAGGUAAUAAUACCUCCAGGACCCAAGGUAAAUGUUCUUAAACCCAAGGUAAAUGUUCUUACAGGUGAUGCUGUAUCAAAUUGUGUUUAAU